AUGCCAAGGUACAACUUCUUACUGUGUUUGAUGGUGCUCGUGUCCCUGGGACAGUCGGGGAGCGAUGAGCCCAAUCUGCUGCUUCCCUCUCCCAGCGAGACGCCCACGGAUGCCGGGCUCUCCCUGCUGGACGAGGACGCCGGUUCCCACGAGUGCUCUGCCUGCGUGUGGAGGGAGCAAAGCAAGGUGCUGAGGCUUGAGACCAUCAAGUCCCAGAUCCUGAGCAAGCUGCGUCUGAAGCAGGCGCCCAACAUCAGCCGGGAGGUGGUUAAUCAGCUGCUCCCUAAGGCGCCUCCGCUCCAGCAGCUGCUGGACCAUCACGACUUCCAGGGAGACGCGUCGUCCCAGGAUGAGUUCAUGGAGGAGGAUGAGUACCACGCCACCACGGAGUCCGUGAUCACCAUGGCCUCUGAGCGUGAGUAAUAGUUUUUACAGCCCCACAAUAUUGUCUCCAAAUGCGUCAUUACGCGUAAUUGCUGGAGCAGAGAGGUUCAAGUGACACAGGCCUCCACUGCGUGCAUGGUCAGUGACCUAACCUACUUUUCACAUUCAGAUUGGGGUCCACUCUGCGUGUGUGUGUGUGUGUGUGUGUGUGUGUGUGUGUGUGUGUGUGUGUGUGUGUGUGUGUGUGUGUGUGUGUGUGUCUGAAGAGGACUGAUAAAAUUAGACAAAUGGCAGUGGUCAUCUGUGGGCCACGGCUGUCAGAACAGGCCACGGAUUACGUGUGAAGCUGAUAAAUCAAUACACAGCAGCAUAAAGAGGCUCGUCACCCCGAGAAAGAGAGAGACAGCUACAAUAUGUCCUGCUAAACUUUUGUUUUCAUGAUAAUAAUGAUGAUGAUGAUGAUGAUGAUGAUGUUGAGGAGGAGGAGGAGGGAGGGAGGGCUGCCGCUGCACUUCUCAGUCCACCUGCGGUCAAACUUUUUCCUCUUGAGGUGAUUCGUGUUUGACAGAGUAAACACAUGACAGGCCCCGGUUGAAUGUCAAGUGCAUUAUUAAUGAUGGUGCAGCUGAAUCCCUUUAUGUCUUUUUGCAUAAAAGCCCUGCAUUGUGCAGUUAUGAUCUCUCUGAUUAUUGCCCUCGAACAAUUCGCUCCCUCAUAUAGUUCCCUAUAAAUGCGCAGAUGAAAUGCAGGCAGGCCCCCUUUGGAGACAUUUUAUAAAAUUACUGUUGAACCUCGGCAGCUGUGCUCUAUCGCCCUUUUAUAGGAGCCUCUACCGGUUUCCCUGCUGUUCAUCGCAGUGAGAAAAAGUGUGUCCAAAAAGCUGCUAUUGUUCCCCUCAUGCAGCGGCCCCCCUUGGCCGCACUUGCCUUUUAAAUGCGAAGUUUAUGGGCGCAGCUCGUUUUUUUUUUCACCACGAGUUACACAAAGACCCAGAAUCACUUAGGGUCGAGGGGAGUGUGUGACCUUUUCCCGGCGAAUCGCGGGGUUCAAAAACAUUUACACACGUAAUAUAUUCUGCACAAGGCGGAUAAAAACACUCUCCAAAUAACCAGAUUUUUAUGCCUAGAGGAACAAAGCAGCAGGAGACAUGUGGCAUUUAUUCCCCAUCUAUCUAUCUAUCUAUCUAUCUAUCUAUCUAUCUAUCUAUCUAUCUAUCUAUCUAUCUAUCUAUCUAUCUAUCUAUCUACUUUGCAUCUACUUUUUGAAUGAUCUAAUUGUUAUGCCUACUGUUUUUCUCUUUACCUGCUCAAAGACAAGUCCCUGUAAUCUAAGUUUUAGCCAUCUGAUUUUGUUCUUAUUUGCAAGUAUUUUAUAUAUAACCCACAGGUCUUUUCUGAGAGCAUUGGGUUUGGUUUAUUCUUGGGCUAAAACAUAGUGCAGAUGAUGUCCUGUGGGUUAUAGGUGUAUUAAUCACCACCUUUCAUCUUCACAGUCUCACUCGAUCUUUGUCUGUCUCCCUUCAUCACUUGCUCAAAAAUACUGAAUAUUAACCAUAGAAAGGUUUUCUUCUGUUGAUAUGCACAUCACAUAUAACCUUCCCCAACCUGACAACUUUGCAUGUCUAACAUACUACACUGUACGAUCAAGUAUAUCUCUGAGUACCUUUAACUUUUUGUUCUCGUCUCAUGCAUGGUCACAGCAACUCUUGAAGAUACGCUCACGUUAUGCCGAGUGUUUUGAUACCUGGUAAAGUCAGAAAAUGUCAGUAUGGCUGAUGCUGAGUGAUUCUAUAUGAGGACUGACAUUACCGCUGUGUGUUACAGCACUUCCCCGGUGUUGUGUUCGCUUAUCUACUUCAGCUGCAGUUUUUAUCAUCUGCUCCUUCCUUCCCUCCCUUACCCCCUCCCUCCACUACCACCUUCCUCUGUGUUAGCCCCCUCUCCUCUCCUCGCCUUCCUCUUCUUUUUCCCCGCUACUCAUAGAAGAGUUUAGAGAAUGAGUGCAUCUCUUCUUGCCUGUGGCGCCUUGGUGAUCCCACAGGAUUAAAAGUGCCUUUUUCUGUCUCUGUGAUAGAAGGAGGACUUCAAACACUAUUGCCUGCGCACCUCGAACCCGAUCACCCUUUUCACGGUGGUGCACACUGCCUUUGAUGGGCCAUGUGGGUUCACACAGUACAUACUGAACUGGACCCAUGCCAGAGUUGCUUCUUAGUAUUCACUCAAGGUACGUGGGUGCCGCAGUGGGGGUUGAGCGGGUCCAUGCUUCCUGGUCUCUAAUUACUAUGAAAUUUCAUGGAAAAGUACAGCUAUUUAUAUCAGAGUGCAGCUCUAAAGCAUCUCCAACCAUGCUGUGUGUUGUGUAGGUAACUGCUCCGCUCGCUGUUCGAGCAUUUAAAUAUGACUCAGUAUGGAGCAGUUUACCAGGGUCAUUUUGGCGUGCAGCUUCCUGAAGUAUAUCUCUAUGAACAAAUCUAGCUGUAUCAACCCGUUGAUUGAACUAUUUCAUCUACAUGUUUAAUUGUGGUGUGCAUAAAGUGGUGUGCUUUUGGACCUGAUAUUCUUUUCCCUGAGGUGGGGUGAGGAUUUGACCUCACUGGUCUCCCAUUUGUCACCUUUCCAAGACAUUUAGAGCAGUCCCUCCUCAGCCAUCACAGACCCUCUCCUUCUUUCUUGCUCCCUCUCUCCGCGUCUCUGUUGUUUGUUUUGAUGCCGACUAACCGCUAUUCAACUGUUCCAUUAUGUAAUACAACAAUAUCUAGUACUGAAAACAAACCUGUUUCUGCCAGAACAUAUCAGGAGGAUGACGGAUAGAGAAGUGGCACCUCUGUUGCCUCACAAUUAUGUCACCAACUAUUGCAGCAGAGCUUCAUUAAGGUUUUGAGAGUUUAUGAUCAUCGUGUUCUUUGAUCGAGCUUAUUAUCGGUCCUCUAAUUAAGAGACGGUCCAAUAACAGAGACUCCAGCAGAGAGCAGCACUCACUCAGAUUCCUUUCGAGCCUUAAUUAAGAUUUAUUCAAACACGUAUACAAAAGUUGUGUGUCCAGAUCGAAUAAAUUCAGUGGCUAUCCACAAAAUAAACCACCUCCCCAGGAGCUGAAACUCCGGUUUACACUUUAACUGUAUCAAACUCAAAACUCUGGCACCCUGAAGCCUUUUAUCCCUGCUCCAAACUCUCUCGUACCUUUGUUUCACACUUUGUUUCUGUUAUGAAUGUGUGAGCUAACAUUCGAAAGUUCAGUGUGGCGAUUGCAAUGUAAUUCCUGAUGAUGAGGCUAACUCAACUAAUGCACACACAGGUAUACCAAUCCAUAGAGAUGAUCACAUGUGCGCACUUGUGUAGAUGCUUGAGGAUGCUGACACACACUCACACACACAGAGUCACACCCACACAGUCACACACACUCCAGAAAAAAAGUUCUCCUAUUGACAAAAAGGGUCACAGGGUUCACAGCUAUGUGAUAUAUUGGACGAGGAGACUAUUAACCUCAUCGGGUCUCUUUCUUUGACAGCAAAGACGAACCGGUAGUAACUUGAACACUUAUCCCCCACCACACACACACACACACACACACACACACUCAUCCACCAACCACUCCCACAAAAAAACAAGUCUUUUAUAGUGUUGACCCUAUAAAAGGGUCAUUUCCUGAAGGUGCAGGAACCAUAAAAAUUAAGAGGGAGAGCGCUAAAAGGACAGAGCAGCAGAAGUUGGACUGUCUUCAGCUCAGUGGCCAGUGUUUGCUGGAAGUUGAUGACUAUGUGAGGUUUUUAUAGAUUUAUUUAUUCCAUGGAGGUCUCAGUUUGACGAUGACACCUGUUCUCCCUGUGUAGUUGCCUGCAUCAGGGAAAGAUAAACUUUGGUGUUGAUUUGUUUGAACGCUGGGGGGCACGGCCAGUUUGUUUAAAAAGGGGGUAAAAACGUAAGAAAGAAAGGUCUGUAGGACUGUAGAAAUUGCACAACAUACUGUCAACUUUAUGGCUAAUAAAAUUUCAAAGGGACCAAAGUCUAUUAAUACUGGGACAAAAUUUCCCCAGGACCUCAGGAAUCUCACUCCUUCCCCUAUUCCCACGCUCCCGGGUACCGGUCUCUGCUGUCGCUCUGUCUUCUCUUAUUUGGGAAUAUGGUGCUUUGGACUAAAAUGCAUGCUUUACCAAAAAUACAACACUGAGAAUUAGGAGGACGUGUGUAAGGAUAGUGAUGAGGCAGAAAUACUUUUGUGUCCUUCUAAAAUAUAAUAUCAUUUCUGCUUUUUUCCUCCUUGUUGCUUUUUUUGAUCUUUAUGCCUCAAAGAGUAUGUUGGAGUUAGGUGCACUGUAGCUCAUGGUGUGGGCAUGAAAUGAUGUGAAGGGAAGGGAAGGGAGUGAGCCCACAGGGAGCAACAAGCAGCUCAGUCCUAUCCUAAAGGGACAGAAAUCAUGGAAGGGUUUUAUAGGUACAAUUAAAAAGACCUGAAACAGAUGUUACGUUUCACUAAUAAAGGAAAUAAUUACUUCACACCAGUAAUUAAGCCCUGCGUAGGGACAUGAGUGAGAAGGAGGAGGAGGAGGAGGAGCGAGAAGAUAAAAUGGAGAUCAUUGAAGGGAUUAUUGUUGAUGGAUGCGUUCAGGCUGUGUGUGUUUAUGGACGAGUCCAUUAAAUCCAAGAGGCGUUUAGGCAAAGGAAAUGCUGCGUGGGCAUAAUGCCGGAUCCCAGGAGGGAGCCACUGUGUCGGAAAGAAGCACAAUUAACAGUGGAUUACCUCGCGAUUAUCUGCAUUAAAAUUUAAUUAGCCUCCUCUCUGCUGCAGAGGAGAGCAUCUACUCGCUGUAUUUAUCACCUGUGGUUGUAUAUCCGCCUGCUGUAUCCACACCGGCCCAGGACGUUAAUUAUGGAAGUGAUGUAAAUGCUCAGUCAAAGUAAUUUCUUUAGGGACGAGUUUGAUUUAUAUAAUGUGUAACACAGAUGGAUCAAGAGGAGCUCAUAAAGAGGAGCGUAGAUAUUUUUUAUGUUGCCGCGAGGUUCUCGAGGAAACAGUUUAGCAGAAAGGCUUCCUGAAGGGAGAGUUGGCAUGAUGUGGUCACACCAACUUUGUCUUCAGAGAAAAGUCUUGGCUGAGAUUUUGACAGAUUUGGGUGGCUUCAGGAAUUUCUUUUUUCCUUUCUGUAGCUAAGUGCGAUCGAACAGAACAACUCCCAGUGAGAAAUCUGGCACGUCUUAUGAGCAUUUAAGGUGAUCAAACUGAUCAGUGGUCAAUGCUUGUGUGAGUUACAGUGCGUGCAGUCCUCGUAGGUUGUAUAAUAAUAAUUUUGCCAUAGCAACAGAAAUGUUUAUUUCUUUUACUUGAUAAAAAAAGACUCUUUUUACAGACUUUCAGCAAGGAUACAGCUGAUUGUUUAGUCCUGAUGAUGCCACUAACUACAUGCUUACGUGUGUCUGAUGUGGUUCCUGUGUGAAAGGAGUGGGAUUGUUUUAUUUCUUUUAAAAGUUGAAUCGGACUACACUUCGACAUAAUGUUUCCCAUUCUGCUUUUACUUUUUAAAGUAAAAAGUAACAAUUUUGAAGAUGUCUUAGGUAAAUCUGGACUUUUGCCGGCACGAGCCUGGAGCAGCUCCUAAAAGCUAGUUUCCCUCCUUCUAUUAUGUGGGCUUACCCCCUUCUUCCAAGCAGUGAGGCUGCAGUUGAUGUACGACCUGGAAGUGUACUUAAGAUCUAGCUGCUACUUAAGUCAGUUUAGGAAUCAAUCUACACCGGUACAUCACUUGAAGUUUAGAAAAGUUGUUCAUAUAUUUGAACCUGCUUUUAAAGCUGAAGUUUAUGUGCUGUACAGUAAUUUUUUUAAAGAUGUAUUAUCUGUCACUGUUGUUAGUUUUAUCAUUAUCAGAUUACUACCAAAGACGUGGCUGAAGAUCAGGUGACCAAACGUCCUGUCCUGGCCGUUCUGGUUGUUUUUAAUGAAGGGAUGUAAAUGUCCUGGUUAUCAGUGUUUUUCACUCAGCCACUAGGAUGAAGAAGAAAACUAAAGGGAUAGAUAUUUUCUGUCAGUUUUUGUGAGUUCGUGAGAGCUAUGAUUGUUUAAAGUGGAUUGCUAAUAUGGCAGAGAUAUUUUUUGCCAUUUAUAAUUUAUGGAUUUUUCUAAUACAGUAGAGACAUUAUUUCUAUCAUCAUUUCAUUUGUUAUUUUUGAAACUGCUCAGAAUAAAAUGUGUUGAGUAGCCUCUAAGAGGCCUAUUUGAAGUAGUGUCUUUGGUGAAGUCACAUAGAUAGUAGGUAGUAUUUGUUCAUAUAACGAUGUUGUAUCCAUACAGAGGAGACAUCUUUAAAUGUAUUAAAAUUAAAAGGCAUCUUUCAGUAAACUCGUGUAUCAUUUGAGUAUCUCAUUGCUGGGCUGAGUGUGUCCUGGCUUUUGGUAAUCAACAUACGGUCACCCUUGUAAAAUCAGAGUAACAUCCGGAUCUGUGUCGGGUAAUCAAAGUUGAAUAGAGCGGUUGCUGAGUCAGUCUUGCGUGGUGAUCGCGAUGUACCUGCAUCUCCAUGAUUUAGAGCACUUUUGUUUUCAAGUUCCAUCCUGUUUGCUCUCUUCAACUUGAUCUGAAAAGCUAAUUGUUAAAACAUGAGAGUAUGAACAAUAUGCUUGACUCUCAAGUGGCUACUUCUCAGCAAUAGAAGGUGUGUUAGGACAGAGAAUUCAAAUUAGCGGUGCUGUUGGUUUACAGAGUUAUAGAGGUAGACAAGUAUGCUCAUUCAAGAAACACAGCGGCAUAGUGAGAGUAUAAAGGCAUGAAAUAUUGCUGUUAAGAUGACAAAGAAAAACUCUGCAUUACUGCAACAGCAGUAUAUUAACUCAUCAUACCCCAGGAUGAUUGCCUUCUUAACAUCUGCUACCUCUACAGUCUAAGUUAAGACGUCAUAACCUGUAAACACAGUGCUUUCAGAAAGUUUCUACUACAAGAGGAUUAAUCUCAACUGUCCUCUCAGACACGGGCCAAUAAGUACAUUUGAGGGGUAAAGUUUCAAUUUCCCCAGAACUUUUACUUGCUGUCUCUCUCACUGCAGUCCAGAAAACAUUAGCCUAGGAGCCUAGGAUGAUAUAUUUAUCAGGAAAAUAUAGUCUUGUCGUUGUAUUUGCUACAGGAAACUUAACUACCUAUUUGCCACAUCAAGCUGUUGAAUAUAUGAGUACACAGAGAAAUUUAAGAAAUUGUAUUUUACUGCAGGCGCUGUGCUGUAUUUGAAUGAUUUCAGACAUGGCUGGUCUGUGAAAUAUUGUUGCAGAGCUUUUCACCCACUGUCUGUUUACAAUUGAACUCUGUUCUAGUUUGGCUUAUCUGCACAUCUGCUGGUCUCUGUUUUGAAUAGACAUUUCUCCUCAUGAAAUAUCUAUAUGAUACUUAAUUGAAGUAUUGUUGUACUUAUCCUGCAAACUAAAUACUCCUUAAAAGCCGAACUGUGAAAAAAUGUGAGUGUCCCACAAAGCCCCGACGACCGUAGGGGUAAAACUUAGAAAGAGCAUGUGAGCUAUGGUUUUCAGUCCAGUUUGAGAUGUGCUGUCGUAAUAUAAAAGACAGGCUCAUAGAGAUUACCCAAAGAAUGACAGGUAAAUAGUCUCUGUGUUACCUUACAUAUCAACUAAACCAAACUUUGUUUUUGAUUGUACAAAAAAUUUAUAAUAUGUUUUAGUAAUAGUAUAUUGCACGCAGUGAAGAGUCCCAACAGCUAACCAAGUUUCUUUUACUUAUUUUUCUUACUUUGAAUAAAUUUACAGACGUUAACAGGUUUUGGUCAUAACCACUUAAAUAAAUCAUUUUGACAACAUCAUUGAGAUGCUCAGCUUAAUUGAUUAACAGACCUAUGUAUCUGUGUGACUUAAACAACUUUUAAAAACCAGAUACACAGUCAGUGUACUCUUUUAUCACUUAACAGUCAAAUUUCUCACUUUGUUAUUAAUUUGACACCUCUGGGCCACAUCACUGACUGUCAACACCUUCAGGGCUUCAGCAAUUUUUUAAAUCUCUUAAAGGGUCAUCGCCAAAUCAAAUCCCACACACUUACAUGAACAAACAUGCCAGGUCAAGAUACAGCACUUUUAAAGUGUCGACUUGAUUUAGACCAAAUUUAACAUGUAUAACAGAGAAGUCAAUCAUUUUCAGUGGCUGGAAUCAAGUAGGUAUGAAAAAUAGUUUAUCUUUUUUUUUGUUUUCUUUUAUUAGAAUUAAACAACUCUUUGAAUUCAGAUAUGUAAGAUUUCACUUUAAUCCUUAUUCAAAACUGUUGAGUUUGACUUUUGAAGACACAGCAUCACAUUGUCCCCCUGACGUUAACGUCUUGCACGCAUGUGUGAAUGCACACAAACACAUGCAGUGAGACCCCAGCAUGCUUCCUGCUGUCCAGCUGUCCACCUUAUUGCAGUUCACUGCAUGCUGGCUCUUUUCAUCCUCUGUGCUGCAGCAGUUGUCCCACCAAUGUAACCCUCCGAACACAAACAUACAUAACCCCAACACUAAAAACAAAGAGCUGUGAGUGUGUUAGCCGGAGACUGUUAGUUCAGAGCUUGUGCAUGUUGUGUUUAUGUGCAGUUGCAUGUUUCCAUGUGUUCACCGAGCUAGAACAGGGAGCAUUAGGAGGUGUCUUUUGUUGCUCCUGGGGGGCUACUGUGCUCAGUCCUAAUAGGAGUCUUGUGCCUGCCGUUGUCCCAGGGGAGGGCUUCUGAAUGAGGGGGUCUAACUUCACACACACACCCCCUCCUCCUCCGUCCCCAGCUCGAGCCAGGCCUCCCCCACCACCCUUCUCCUGUCCCUUGGGACUGACCGAGAGACAAAGAGGGAGCGAGGCUGGGGUGGGAUGGGAUGUUUGGGGGGGUGCACUGUGGCCCCUGUCUUAUUAGAAGGGUCGUGAACGUGUCACGAUGAUUAAUAUGCUGAGGUGCGUGGGGAUACCCUGGAGUCACAUUUAUUCAACAUGAAGGAUCCCAAACACACACUCACCACAAAAUGGCACAUUUGCAUUUCCCAUUAAGAAAAGAAAAUAUAGAUAUAUAUGCAAAUGCAACUCCUAUCUGGGUUUGUAACAUUAUGCGUAAUCUUUUUGGACAUUGACAAUAAGUGACCAUUUCUCCUUCUUCCGUCACGUUGUAACUGCUGAUUUUCAACCUGAUGGGGAAAUGCUCCGUGUUUACAUGACUCAUUUUUAAGGGUUUGUCUCAAGGCCUGACCUCAAAAUUACCUCUAUUUAUAAGAAAGUUGUGAAAAUGUUCUUGUAACCUUUUUUAUAUAUUUUGAUCAGUUAUCAUCCUAUAGGCGUGGGUCUUCGAAUUGAAGAAAGCAAAGUUAUUCUGCGGAUUUUAAAAGCAUGACUCGCAGCAGUAAAGCAAUCAGAGUACGAAAAGAGCAGAAAACUUUCUUUUUUGCUAAUUGUACUUCUAUGUUUGUUAAAGAAAUCGAAGAUUCUUUGAUUUGUACCACAUUGUCAUCAUUAGAGCACCCUCACUGGUAACACAUGUUUGCUAUUCUUUGUAUAACUACACCUUAGCUCCCCUUCUCCAUCUGUUUUCAACAGUUUAAGAGGUCCAUGCUCCUGCACCCUUCAGUUACAUUACUGCAUUCAGUUAUUAGAAGCAUUUAACUUUUAAAAAGGCUGCGGUCAUAUUAAAAUGGACAGAUGGCAGUGUGAAUAAACCCUUAUAUUCUAUAGUUCUCCCCUCACCUACACGUAUAGGAGGCUCUGGGCUAGCUAUGGGACACAGGUACCCUGGGAGUCCACCAGAUGUUUGAUAGGCUCACCUGCAGGCCUGCUGCGUGCUGGCAGUAAAAUUCAUGCGCUGCAUAUGCUGCAAUUAUACCACAGGGAAAUAAGCUGCAGUAAUAAUGAAGUAGCUGGAAACGUAGGGAGGGAAAGCAAACAAGCCUAUUUCCUUUGGAAAAACACAGCCUAUGUCUUUACUGUUUCUGCUUAAAGUUGGUUUUUACUUUUAAAAUUGGGUCAAAGGAGGGUUUUUUUGUGAAUUAUCAUGGAGCUGCUUUCUAUCUUCAUCCUUACUUUGACUGAGCAGAGAAAUGUUAGUGCUCCAGUAGGUGGUGCUGAAUGCAAAAUCAGAACUGACAUUUUUACUGUGGAAUUGACACACUGAAAUAAACUAUAACUGUGCAAAUUGCCCAGGAAAUUAAGCUAUAAAACAGUCCUGCAGUAAAAAGUGUGUGUUAACUUUGCUCACAAAGUUAGAAAGAUUAAAUGUCACAUUGGUUUUUGAUCUUUACAAGCUAGCUUUGCUGGUUUUGCAAAAGCUUUGCCAAGACGUGGGCUGUAAUUAAGCUGCAGGCAUUCAACCUCCACGCUUUGCACUCUUGCAUGUGCACUUACAGGAUCUAUAAAGGCACAAAUUGAUUUCACCUAUCAAUGCAGUCAUUGUUUAACAUGACGUAGCUCAUAUGUUGUGCAUGUGUGUUUAAUAACCAUGGUCCUGUACCGGCUCUGCUUCUCAGAUUACUCCUUCCUAAAAAAAAAAAAAAAGGCCUCUGCUCAAGAAACCAAACCAUUUUCAGCUCAGCAGCGUUUAGCAGUUGUUCUUUCAUUGUUUUGUUUUUUUUCUUCAGAACUCAACAAAAGUGAUAACAAAUCAGUCUGCAAAGAAAGAGCUGGUGUGAGUCCUCCAUCUGCAGCGAUUUAACACAACAAAAAGUAGUUAUCACAAGUAAACCCCAAACAAAAUGCAGAAUCAUUCAUUCCCAGUUUUGUGCUGAUGAGCAAACACAACACCACCCACGUUAAUUGCUGUGACCCCAGCAACCUACCAGAAGGAACAUUGACAUAUUGUUUGUCCAGCGUGAGACACUGUAUAAUUUACACUCACUAAUGACUGGGCCUAGAAACACAGGCUGAAGGACCACGUCUGUCCCCAGCUUGGCCCUUGUUCAAUGUUCGCCCUGGACUCUUCUAAUGGAUAGUCCAUCUGUACCUCAGUGAAUUCAUAUCCCUCAAUGCAUGACCAUAAUUCAAUUACAACUCUUGUUUGGUGUAAAAAAAAAAAAAAAAAAGGAAGAAAAACAGCCCUGUGCAGUGUGUUCUCCUGGUCAAUGGAGGUUUGAUAAACAAAACACGAUUGGCUGGAGAAUCUCCUCCCUAAUAAAACCAAAACAAACUGUGGCCCAACCAGUGCUGUUGUGUUGCUGAAACUUAAAAUGGUUCUCUGCUGUGUUUUGAGUCUUUUAAAAAAUUGCAUUUUGUGGAGAAAAACAUAUUACCAUCGCCAUAGGGUCGACCUUGACCUUCAAACUCAAUCUGGCUAUUAGGGCAGCCCCCUCCCUGGCACCCCUGAGAUGUAAAGAGGCUGACGGUUUUGACCCCUGAUCCCAUUUCUUAACUAGGCUGAGGUGCAAAAUAACCUUUUGACCCAGGAAGCAUUUUCAGGUUGCCUGAGCAACCCCAGAUUUAGCAAUGAUUGACAGGUCCAUCCAUACACUUUUUUUAAACCAGUUUUUUUUAGAAGAGGAACCGCAACCCUCCUGUUCAAGAUAAAUGACAGAAAAUGACGUUUUAUUUGCUGAAAUUAUGUCAAAUGUGCUGAGAGAAAAUGGCAGAUUAGACAUUCUAUUGUAGUCAGUUUGCACAUUAUUAUGCCAGAUAGAUGCAGAAUAAAUUUCCCUUUAUAAAUGAACGCUUUACAUGGAAAUUAAUGUAUGAAUGCGAUGCAUGGAUGUCAUUAUAUCAGAUGGAGGUCUAUGUAAAUGAAGCAUGUGCAGGUUUGACAUGUGGUGCAAAUCACAGAAACAGCAAAGCCCAGGAUCAUGACAGGAAUAAAUCUGCCUAUCUUAGGGGAUACCCAAUUUUCAUUUGACCCUCAAUAAAAAAACCAAAACAUAUGUUCCAGCAGGGACGGGCCUCGAGAAAAACUUCAGAUUUUUCAGUUUUCCUGGUUGUGAUGCAGAGAUAGACCAUUUCAUUAUGAUUGACCCAGGGGACUCUGAGGUUACCAUCUGGCCUCUGGCCACCAUCACUUGAUCCUUGUUUUAAUAUGCAAAUGUAUCUGUUUUUCCAACCUUGAUGUAAUCACAAAUGUAACCUAAGUGAAAGGACCAUGUGCACAUUCGAUAUCCGACGGCCUUCAUGCAGAUGUGGCUGCAAAAAGCAGACAAUGAUAAAGAAAAAAGAACAAUACUCAGAUUCAGUAUGAGGACUGUCCUUUUAAAGUAUGAUGUUGUAAAAAAGUGUCAAAUAAUACCCUGCGUUAGGUCUGUACCUUUUGUGAAAACUUCAGUCAUUAAAACUUAAAAUAUAUGUUGGUUAUGAUCUUAAAUAUAGUUGAUUUUAAUUUCAUCUUUUUUUAUUUAAAAAACAAACAUUACUCAGACACAAGAAACCUGCUCUUAUCCCUUAUAAGUGUAAUAGAGUUACAUCAAGAACUGCACGGUAAAAUAGUAUUUCUUAGUGAUAUGCAGUUCAUUUGGAGUCCUUGCUGUCAUGAUCAAUGUAAAAAUUAAUGUAUUUAAUGUCAAAGCACAAAGUCAUGUGUUCUGUGUAGAAAUCAUGCAGUUUUUCUUCAUUUCGUCAGGAGAAAUCCCAGUUUUGAACAUUUUCAGAUAGACUUGAAGAGAAUUUUCCUGAACUUGCAAACAUCUUGAAAUCAAGCUCUUCGUCACUGUAGGAGGGGUUAUAUUCAAAUCUUUGGUGCUGUAGCACAUAAACAAAACCCGGUGAUCUCACCGUGUUUGCAUUCAUACUGACAACAAGUGAAUCUGUUGUUACAGUCGUCUUUUGUUUUAUUAAGUUUAUAUUUGCUUCAGUGGUAGAUUCUUUUAAUCUGAAAUGUGACAUGAUGUAAAAGCCGUUUGAGUGGUCAGAGGACUAGAAAAAGUGUCAUAUAAAUACAGUCCAUUUACACCAGAGAAAAAUCUCUACACUAUGUUUAAAGUCAAACAUAAAAGUUCUCAAAGCUAAAGGGAUAAGUUGUAAACUACAUCUACAGAGGCUUUUGCUUUGCCUUUAAUAAAAAGGCAGUUAUUAACAAUACAGAAGAAGACUUGGCUCAGAGUUUCUGCAGUUUUGGAGCCCUGAUUUUAAAUCUACUUUUUUUUUGCCUUUUUGUCUGAAUGCAUCUGUACUCUGCUCUUUUCUGCAGCUGAGCCCCUGGUGCAAGUAAAUGGGAAGCCGAGCUGCUGCUUCUUCAAGUUCAGCCCCAAAUUGAUGUUCACCAAGGUGCUAAAGGCCCAGCUGUGGGUGUACCUGCGGCCGCUGCAGCAGACCUCCACUGUCUAUCUGCAGAUCCUUCGGCUGAAGCCCGUCACCGAGCAGGGCAGCCGCCACAUUCGUAUCCGCUCCCUGAAGAUCGAGCUGAACUCCCGAGUCGGCCACUGGCAGAGUAUUGACUUUAAGCACGUGUUGCAGAACUGGUUCAAACAGCCUCACACCAACUGGGGAAUCGACAUCAACGCCUUUGACGAGAGCGGCAAUGACCUGGCUGUUACCUCACUGCGACCUGGGGAGGAGGGGCUGGUAAGGACCCUCAGACCUGUCCCUGGGGUAGAGAGGGUAGAAAGGAUGGGGGGUGGAGGGGGGUCACUGUUAUUAAAGCUCAAAUUUAUGCAGAUGUCGAUUCACAUUUAAAUCAAGGGAGGAAGCCAAAAUUAUGCAAAUGGAGAAAAUAAAUAGAAAGAUGGAGACAAAUGUGUUUUGUAACUAAACUAAAUUUAAGUGCUGUGAAAUAGUCACCCAAAAAGCAGAAUGGUAUUUAUUUACAACUUUCUUUUGCUAUCAACUCUUGACAGCUUAGAACAGAGAAGUAACAAAUUACACCGACUUGCUGGGGGGUACAAUUUCAUAUUGGAUUUAUUGCAUGCAUCUUCACUAAUUCAGAAAGCUUUCUCUUUUCAAUACAAAAGGUGUCUAACAGAUGUUGUAUAUUAUGGUCUGUUCAUGUUCUUAAUGCUUUAAGUCUGUCUCAGAGUAGAUUUGCUCUACUGUCUCUCAUCUCUUAGCCUUCCAUUACUAAUACCACCAAAAUAACACAGAGUAUUUGAUGAGACUGAAACUUGUUCAGAUCAAAUGGAGCAUCUAGGUUAAUACCUAAACAAGAUGCAACUAAGAAUGUAAGACAAAAAAUUUGCCCCUACCCUUUGCCCCUAAUUUCACAAUGUGUGUGUUAGUCAUGGAGCAGAUUUCAGGUGAUUAGAGUGAAAAAAAAAUAAGCAAACACCCUUAAUAUUCAUCUUAAAACAGUGUCUAAUGUGUUUCAAACUCCAAUUUGGUAAGAAAUAAGCACCUCAAAAAAAGAUGAAGACAAUGCAGGAAAAAUUCCAAAAAUUAGUAAAUACUAGAAUUUUGACAUUAACAGUCACAGACAUAAUAUUAUAAUACCAACAUAUGAUAUCAAAAGGCAGAAUCAUAGCAGCCAGCAGAUUAAUGCUAAUGUUUCUGGUAAUCUCAAAUAUUAAGAUAAGCCUAAAUCACUAAAUCUAACUGCAAGGAGUUAUUUUGGGUCAACUUAAACCAUAAUGGUGUGAUUGUGAGAUAAAAAACUUCACAGAGAAAGAGAUAAUGUAAGGCCUUAUAGACAUGAAAAACAGAUAGUGUUUAAAAGCUUUAUGUCUCCAAAACCCCAAAAUUAGUUUUUUAUGUAUUUUAAGAGAUUGUGGAAGGUUUUGCAGGAGCAGAAACAGAGCAUUUUUUUUUCUAUAUCAUGAAAGGUGUUGUAGUCAUGUCCGUAUUACCAAAAAGAAAACUUAGAACUAACAAUAGCUAGGCCAAAAACAGCUACAUAUCAAAUACUACUAAACACCAUUAAGGUCCCAGUCCAAUCCUUUUUUUCUUACUACUUAAAGUGUUAUCAGCUGUCUUUAAACUGUGAUUAUGAAGUUUUUAGCCAAAAUCAUGUUACCUGUGUCAUUUUCAAGGGCUUUUCUUCUGCAGAGCUCCAGUAGCUUAUUAGCAAUUUGCCUCUGAGUCGUGGGCGGAGACAGCACUGCUCUGCACACUUGUCUCCAUGCUAGCUAGCAGCCUGAAAUUGUCAGUGUAGCAGAAGUAGCAGGUAACAUAUGGGCUAUUCAUCUCUCGGACACAAUUGUCUUUAGAGACACGAUAAAAGCUAAUAUCAUAAUUAGCUUUCCUAUGAGCAUUGCAAUCCGCUAAUGCACACGCUUGUUCUACGAUCAUCCCCUCUACUCCUACGAGUCUGGCCUGCAUAGAGGGGCUCUGUGGGUGGAGCUUGGAGUUGUGACGUAGGAAAUCUCUGUGUCUGAACCUGCCGUUUGGGUCUGCCAGAGAUUCAUGGCGAUUUGAAUGCAGAAAUACUCAGAAAUGCAAUUUCACACUUAAUUUCUCAUGAUCGGUCCUCUAGCAUCAUAAAAAUGCCAUAUGAACAUGUAGACAACAAGAAAAACAUGAUUUUCAUUGGAGUGGGUCUUUAAGUCAGCAGCCCCCUCUCUGAACAUGACACCAGUGACCACUCUGUAUUUGGUUUAUACCAAAGAAAAAAAAGUUUUUCUGUCAACCAUCACCAAAGUCAUCAUCUCAUCUCAUAGUUCAAUGUAAAGCUUGAUGCUGCUGGUACAGUUUGACCUGCGUUGUAUGUAAGCAGAGUUUGUUUUCUUUCCAGGUGUCGGUAAAACCUCAUAAUAUUCAUGCACAAAAGAAUACUAUCAAUGAACCAGUAAGUUUGUCAGAAAUCCCAGAGUUACAGGGACCAAAUGUUACACCCAACAGCCAAGUUAAUUUAUGUAAGCCAGUCCCCCGGUUAAGAAACACCAAAUAUUUACUAAGCAGAGAUUUGGGUCAGAUCUUCACAACACAUAUCAGAGGUCAGCUCUGGUGUCUCAGCCAAUAAAUCGCUGCCCUCUGAGCACACAGCAGUGUGCAAUGUUUUUCUUUAAGGAAAAAAAAGGAAAGGAUGAAAAACACAUGCAAGUAUCAAAAUAAAACAAAACACAACAAGCGAAGAAAGGUUGCAAAUCUGCUUCUUGCAGAGCAUUGGGGUCUUUUUACUCUACAACAAAAGCCCUUAAGGACGAGCUGACAUGGUCUCACCCCAACGGCCUUUUCAGCCUAUUUCCUCUUUUGAAUGCGUCACAAAAAACAGUGCUUGAGCCCAGCUGGAAUCACUGUGGGGAGAGGAAGGCUUUGUAAAACAAACAUGAUGGAGUGAAAUAUUUGAUCCGCUUGCUUUGCCCCAAAGGUCAAGGUUAUGGCAGGCUGCAAAUGACCUCCAGGGUCAGAGAUCAAACCAAGCGUACAGAGUUAGCCAUCAACAUUGGAAAAGGUUAUUUUUUUACCAAUGAGUCUGGUCAAAUUCUGCAUCAGUGCUCCCUCUUCAAAGCUAUUUAUUCAUCCCUCUAUUUUCUCAACAUAUUAAAUGAGAGGCUUGGAAUUAUAAGCAGCUGAAAUUUCUUUUGUCCAACAUGUAUCUUUGGGACAUAUAAUGUGUAAACCUCAGCGUAUACCUUUGUAGGAAAACCUAAAUCCUCUUUAGAGGAGAAGGCUUACAAAGGCUGCUCAAACACUGAACACAAGUUGUCAUAUAAAAUGACUUAAGAAUUAUGAAUUUUUUGAAUUAUGUUUUUUUCAAAUAUUUGUCUUUAGUUUUUCUUAUUUGAAGCUUGCUGUGCAAACAGGAUACACCUUUUAAAAACAGACAGCAGGAAAAGCACGGGUGACACCAACUGUAUCCAUUAGCCUCAAACUGGUUCAUUAACGUAACACUUAGUUUUUAUUGUUUCUGAUGUCAUCCAUUACACCUGCAAUAGAAGCUUUUCCUGCAAACACAAGACAAAAUAGUUCACUGCUGUGUGACUUCAGAGUUCAAAAUACCACAUUUUGUUGUAUCUGUAUCUAAACUUAAUGAAGGGACACUACAGCACAAAGAGAUGUUGAAACAGGUUGUUUUCAUAAAGCUUACUGACUAAAUAUAGAUUUAAGAUCUGCGGUCUGCUUUGUUGGUGAACUGAUUUAAAACAACAGAAUGUAAAAAGUCUCCAACAUCCAAAAUAUCACAUCAAUACAUGGAGAGUAAGUUUUCUGUGGCUUAUUUUAGACUUCAUGUUUUUAGACCAUCAUGGUAAAAUACAACCACCAGGUAAAACAUCUAAUCAGCAUUUCAUUUCAUUUCAUUUGUACAAGCAGUUUUUAUCAGAAUUUUUUAAAAACUGAAUUUUUAAUUUCAUUGACUCUUAACUCUUCCUGAUUUUAUGAGUGUUUAAGUUUAUAGGUUAGUUUAGUCAUAUUGAUUGGAAUCAAAAUAUGUGCAGUUGUUGAUUGAUUUUGUAUGUUUGUGUCUUUCCAUGAGGAACAACAAACUCCACAUGCAGCCGCCUUUGUUGUAUAAACAUAUUAUGAAGCUCUUUGUUCUCUUUGGCCAAAGAUUCUGUGUACUAGCAGAGGACAUCUUCAUGACAUGAAGUCAUUUUAACCUGCAAAAGCAGAGAAACUUUUCACAUGAACAACAGCCAAUUAACUUCUCCGGUCCGGGGAAACUAAGAACGUGUAAAAACAUGAUCAGGAUGUUUGUUGUAUUUUCUUCUCACUCUUGUUCACAUGUACUUAUCUUAGAAAUAAUCAUUUUGUCCUCAUGGUUUCAUGAAAGUAUAAAAUAUGAAUGUCAUCUAUAAGAAAAGUAUGUUACAUCUCUACUUUUUUGGCCUAAAUGAGACAGAUAAAGUUUGAUGGAAAUUAUCGCUUUUAUCUCUUUCCAUCUAUCUUCCUAGCUUUGUUUAGACUGUACAGAUAGCAUGAAGGUGCCAAAUGUUAGUAAAAUAUCACAAAGAGUUGCAAAGAUGUGAAAAUUAAUACAACCUAAAGUCUGAGCAUUAUGCAUGUUUCUAAAGCAGGGAAGUGAUUAGCCAAGCUUAACCUAAAAUGUCACGUGUGCAGUCUCUAUGCCAGGUUACACUUAUAUCCCUCAAGUUAUACAUGAGAGAGGUAUCAAUAUAAUACAGCAGGUCACUGUAAAAAAACAUAAUAAUAAUUAAAAAAUUUACCAGUAGUCAAACUUAACUGUUACAGCUAGAUGAGGUUUGGACACUAAAAUAACUUGGUUUGGUUCAGGAAUAAAACAAUUUGUUAUAGGUGAAGUAUAAAAACAUGAUUUGGGUUUUAAGAAAUCUCUCCUUAGAUAUUUUACAAAUAAAUGCAGAAGCUGUACACAAGGAACGAGAUUAUUAGUAUCAGGUGCAUUCUGUUUUAUGUUUGUGUUUGUUUUUCAUGUGUGUUUCUGUGAGCUUUGAGUGUGUUCAAGAGAAACUGUCCACAAAAAAGGGCAAAAGGAGCGUUAAGAAUCGGCAAUAAUGCUGUUUCUGAACUAAUUUACGGUCACCUGACAACCAUAAGAAAUUCACCUGUUCAUCAACAUAUUAGUGAUCAAGCAUAAAACAUGAACAAGAUUCUCCCUCUCCAACUCCUCUUGCAUACUCAAAGUUUUUUGCUGGGCUGUAAACAAAGAAGAGUGCAGGGAUAAUGUCUGACCACUGGGGGAGCCCUGAGAUAUAUUAGCAGAUGGGUUCAGGGAUUGGAGUCAAAAUGAUUGCCAAGUUAUUUAUGUUUUGAGACAUUUUUGACAUAAACACUUAAUAAAAGGGGUACAUAUAUAAUGCAACAUCUGAAAAUAUCCCAAUGAGACCAAGCUUGAGGAUAGCAACCCUAUAAAACACAUAAAAGGACACAUAAGGUGUCAUAAGCGAUGCACUGGGCCCUUGUGCAAGUUGCCAUAUUAAACUGAGAGUGACAUUAGGCUCUAAAAGUAUAAUCUCUAAAUGUCUGAUGAGCUUCUUGUCUGUUCAUAUUUCCAGCUGAUGUGUUAUCCCUGUUGUUGUUGUACUUAUAUAACCACCUCUUUUUAUGUGUCCUGCCCCUCCUCCCCCUGAUUCCAGCAGCCGUUUCUGGAAGUGAAGGUUCUUGAGACGACCAAACGUUCACGGAGAAACCUGGGCCUGGACUGCGACGAGCACUCCACAGAGUCCCGCUGCUGUCGCUACCCUCUUACUGUGGAUUUCGAGGCGUUCGGCUGGGAUUGGAUCAUUGCACCCAAACGCUACAAAGCCAACUACUGCUCGGGCCAGUGCGAGUACAUGUUUAUGCAGAAAUAUCCGCACACCCACUUGGUGCAGCACGCAAACCCUCGAGGCUCUGCAGGGCCCUGCUGUACCCCAACCAAGAUGUCCCCUAUUAAUAUGCUCUACUUUAAUGACAAGCAGCAGAUCAUUCACGGCAAAAUCCCAGGGAUGGUGGUAGAUCGAUGUGGCUGCUCUUAG